AUUAUUAACAAAACUAUUGAUGCAAAAACGCGAAUCGUUGAAAGAAAAACGUGUUCCCACGAAUUUGUGAAAGUUUUACUCGCUUUUCUAUUGUUAGCGACCUUUUAAACCUAUCUAUCUAAUAGGUUGUUCAAUAAACCGUUUGAUACAGGUCUUUGAGUGGUCAAAAUGGUUGUUGUUUCGUCCACCUUUUCGGCUCCCGUUGAGGGUAUACUCUCGCAGACUCCAGGUACAAAGCUCCUGGUAGAUGGCCAAGAACUGGGAACUGCUACAUUGUACAUCACAGAAAAUAAUGUAGUGUGGGGCGGUGGCGUGGGCGCCAACGGCGGAGCGUCAGCCACCAUCUCUCUGCUCUACCCCAACAUAUCGCUACAUGCCAUACAGCGGGAACCCGUGCCCGCACUAUUUGUGGUGCUCGGACAUGAACUGAGGCUUCCAGAGCUAAACCAGGCGGCUGGUGACGCCAACGAGGAGGAUGAUGAUGAUGAGUUUGAUGCUGACGACCCACCCUCCACAAAUCUGCUGUUUGUCCCGCAAAACGAGUCAGACCUCCAGCCAAUGUACCAGGCCAUGAUUCAGGGACAGACCCUACACCCAGACCCCGAGGAUGACCUAGAUGAGGACCCUUACAUGGAUGGAGAAGAGUUUGAUGAAGGAGACGAGGAAUUCGAAGACGCGGAAGAAAGCAACGCGACGCCAGAGGACGCCGCUGCGCGCCUUCGAACUUUGCGUUUAGAGCACGCCAAUGGAACACAUGCAGAUGAAGCUGAAGAUGAAAUAGCAGACGAGUGAACCUAAGAAGUAUAUUAGAUUUUUUAAUUUUUCAACGUAAUGUUAAUGAAGUAGGUGCCUGUAACUAAACAGUAAUAUAAUACGGUCAUAUAUUGACUAGACAGGAAAACUUUUUAUAAUGUAGUUCGGUCGCCAUUCGGAUUUUAAAUAUUUGGACGCAUUUAUUGCAAGCACAUUAAAGCCUCCGCCACACAUAAAGCGUUUUGAUACCGUAGCGUUAGCGGCGCAAUCCGCGCUCGUUAGUUCCCGCGUUCGUCCGGCGCACCGCUAACGCUCCGCCUACGCUCUCAAAGCGUGGAUGUUUGGCCGAGCUUUAAGAGUGUAGCAGAUUGCAUGGUUUAUCCGCUAUGUAGCAAAAAUCGUAUAAGAACAGAGAACUUAAUGCACAGAGAAUGUACCUAAGUACAUAUUAAAAAUAUUCUAGUAAGUCAAUCUUGUGAGGUAUAUUUUGUAUCGAUGGCACUGUCACUGGCUGAAUGACUUUCAAUUUUGCAAAAUCGUUUUAGAUCCGAAUGAAAUAAUGUGGAUCAGAGGAGGUCAGAUUUACGAAACGAUUUAAAUGUGACGUUCCACGGACAAAGGCACCUUAAGGCAGGCGUUUAAUUGACGACGAUCCAGUAUAGUGCGACGUAAAAUAAUGGGUGCCUUACAGUCUAUUUUCAGCUUUUAUUAUCCUAGAGCCCAGUUUAGGAAAUUUUUGUUCGAAUAAUUAAGUAUUUUAGUAACUGGCUUAUGCAUCUUAUGAUAGAUUUCAUAGAUUCUGUAAAGGUAUUAAAAAUCAUAAUACAUAGCAUACCUAUUUAUGUUUUACGUCGAUAUAAGGUUGUUGAUUUAAAGUACAUUUUAUUUAAUAAGAUGUCUAUCGUAAUUUAUGUCGUCUCUAAAUAAAAUCACAGUUAUGGUACACUGUUCGUUGUUGCCCUAAGGCACCUUACAUACAAUAUAGUACCUUUUACCUAGCAGUGUCACAUUUUUUGACUGCCAUAAUUUUAUUAUAAUAUCUAAAAGCAUGAGGUAUACUUCUAUUACUGAUUUGAUUCCAUUAUCUAAACCAAUAUGUAUGAAAAUGUAUGAGAUUAUUUCAUAAUAAAAUGUUAAACUUAUUGUUCA